UGUGCGACUAAUUCGAAAUUAUAGCUGGCUGCUCCAUGUGGUUAAGUAAGUGCAGGCAGACAUCUCGCAGAGCUCGUGUCUAUCCUGCUACUGAUUGACGCGCAAGUUGCGAGACGAGAGUGCAGCCGAAGACAAAAGGGACCUUACUCCGAGGUUGGGGUAUUGAUGAUCUCCUACACACCGCUUCUAAUUCCCAGGCUACCCUCAGGAAUGGGACCACGUGACAGCGCGGGGCGGUCGAACUACAAGCCAUUUUGGGGACGGUGUCAGUUUCCACUGAACCAUCAGACACUGCAUUUUUUAAACCACUGAAUUGGGACUAGAUCACACGAGUUCGAUUAGAGAAGUGAAAUAAUCGCUUUGGGAACCUAACCAUUCUAUCAUCUUGAAUGUUGAAGGGUUACCGUGGCGCGUAAAAAGCAACUGCGUAACUACAAUGAACUCGACGGUGGUGCGUUAGAGCUCUUGCAAUUGACAGCCUCUGCAGCUCAAUCCAAGAUGGCCGCUUUGGUUGCAUUCAUUUUUUGCUGAUCGACUUUCAAGUUUCAUUGUCUGUAAAUCUAUCUUGGAUACCAGCUCGGGUAAACCUGGCUUUCUAACUCCAUGAUGCACAGAACAACGAGAAUUAAGAUAACAGAACUGAAUCCCCACUUGAUGUGUGUUUUAUGCGGAGGUUACUUCAUAGAUGCCACAACCAUUGUUGAAUGUCUACAUUCCUUUUGCAAAAUGUGUAUUGUGAGGUAUCUGGAGACCAGCAAGUUCUGCCCUAUUUGUGAUGUGCAGGUCCACAAAACAAAACCUUUGCUGAAUAUAAGGUCUGACAAGACUCUUCAAGACAUUGUGUACAAGUUGGUCCCAGGCCUGUUCAAAACUGAAAUGAAACGGAGACGAGAUUUCUACGCUGAACAUCCAUCAGAUGACGCUGCAAAUGGAUCACAUGAAGACAGAGGAGAGGUGGCUGAUGAGGACAAGAGAAUAAUUACAGACGAUGAGAUUAUCAGCCUGUCCAUAGAGUUCUUUGACCAAAACAAAGAAGAAAAGUCUGUGGAGGCUAGAAGUGGCACUAAAGAGAGUGUGAAGAGGUACUUGCAGUGUCCAGCUGCAAUGACUAUCAUGCAUCUAAGAAAAUUCCUGCGGAGUAAAAUGGACGUACCAUGUACCUUUCAGAUUGAUGUUAUGUAUGAAGAUGAACCACUGAAAGAUUACUACACAUUAAUGGACAUUGCUUAUAUUUACACGUGGAGAAGGAAUGGACCCCUGCCCCUGAAGUACAGAGUGCGGCCCAGCUGUAAGAAGAUGAAGCUCAGCGGUCCCCGAGAAGAGCUGCUGAGCAGUGGCAGCGCCGAGAGCCGCCCGGAGGUGGAGACUGACUCUGGCAGCGAUAAGCCCAACAGCCCUGCCACCAUAGACCCCUCCAACUGCUCCUCGCCACCCAUCCCCAGCGCUGCUGUCCAGUCUGCCUGCUCGGGCCUCUCACACAUCUCCACCAUCAACGGCCUACCUUCCUCCACCACCACCACUACUACCACCAGCAGUUCUGGCCCAACAAACAGACAGCCACCCAUGAACAGCAAAUCCUGCAAGUCCUCCGCUGUGAUUGGCUCCCUCACCUCUGGGAUGACUUGACCAAAGACUGACCCCUGACCCCUAUCCCGUUCCUGUCCAUGCCAACAGAGCUGUUCUUUUCUGUUUGUUCAUUUUUGGUAGUUACGUUCAUUUGUAAAAAAAAAAAAAAAAAAAAAAAAAAACACGUUCUAAUAUUUUGCCAUCAUCACAUGAACAUAAUGUGUUUGUCAUAGGCCCUAAACGAAAACUGCAGUGAGGUUACCUUGGUGUUGUACCUGCAGAUACGAGUUGUUGAUUUUUACCCAGGUGAAAUCAUGAAGCUUGGGCAGUAUGGUUUUUGUCGAAUUUGCUCUGAACAAGUUUUUUCACAUUUUCAUGUGCUAUAAUUUUGGGUUGAAUUUGACCUUUCCCAUAGGUCAUUUAUAUUUCAUUCUGCCUGUCACAUGAGAAAAUCCUGGGUUUUUCGUUGAGGACAGACCCCAGUUGUCCCCAGAAGAUUUUAAGUUCAUACCAUAGCCUUAAUGUUGAACUUUAUACAGUAUUAUGUUUUUUUUAACAGAUUGUCUUGUGAGUGAGAAAGGAAGUGCUUUAUCAGCAAGAUUAUUGGACACAGAAUAUUGUCAGAUUGGAACAUCAACACGGAAUGGAGUGGAAAAAAAGUUGCAAUGAAGCAGUCACCAUGUAAUUGUAUGAGGAUACAUCUGUGUAAACAUUUAUGAGGUGAUUCCUCUAUCUCAGUGUUUAGUGUUUGCUGUCAUGAAUACCUGUACCCAUUGGUUAUUUGUUAAAAUUAUUGUACACUAUUCUGUUGCUGCAUAGGGAGUGAUGAAACCUGUAUAAAAUAAACAUUUUACAUUUUAUUAUGAAACCAUACUCUAGCAAUGUUAACUUUUAAUUUCACACUUUAACGUUUCAGGGAAUAGAUCAAAUAAAGCAUUGGACAAUGGAAUUCAUGGUAUGUGGCCUAAGACACUGCAGGUUGCAGAAAUUUUGUUUAGUUCUUGCAACCAACCACACCGGUUUUUAAAUAAAGUAACGCAGUGGCUUAGGCCUAAACCCAUCGGUGACAUUUUCUUUGCAGUCUUUAUGUUAGUUGCUCGCAGUUCAGUGGCUCUUCUGCGUCUGAGGCCCGUUCCACACCGCUUACCUCACCUGUGCGUCAGGGUAGCAGAACUUCUUGCUUUUAAUUUCGGCGCCAAUCUUAACUGCGUAGCUUCGGUGUGGAGCCUUUUUUUCACGCGUGAGGCGUGCGGUUCUCAGCAGAAAUAUACAGUGAACAGAUCUGUUGAUAGUCAUAUUGACAUCUUACCAGCAGUGUGUACAGACACAUGCGUGCGAGCCGCAGCAGUUUAGCGAGGUAGCCGUCACGCACAGGUGAGAUAAGCGGUAUGGGCCAUUCUGGCCCAGCCUUUGUGAGGCGCCUUUUAUAGGCUUUCAAAGCUUUGUCUUAGUUUCUUUCAUAUCGAUUUUGAAACUUCAGAAAUUAUUCAGCUGUUAUGUUUUUUUUUUUUUUUUUUUUUUUUACUUGUCAUUUGGACUAUCUUAUGGGUUGUGAUAGCUCUACCGCAAACGAAAAGUGUGGAUAUAUACGGUAGACGGUUAUCGAUUUUAAAUGAACGUGUUUAAUAUAUCUAUCUACUGUUUAAUAUGUUACAUAACAUUAUAAACUAUCGGGCCAAACAACAAAGGUUAAAAAAAAAAAUGUAAUUGUUGUUAAAUGUAACAUAUUAUAUAAAGCAAGACAUAAACCUGACAGGGUUUACAUGCAGUAGGCUACUGUAGGCAAUAUACCUAUUUAUUCCUCGUUAUUUAUUUAUUUUUUACUAUCAGGUAGGCUACAAGGGUUGAUAUGAUCUAUUGGCCUCAUUAGUGCAUUAGCUAUAGUCAAUUAUAGGCGAUAGAGCAAUGCCUUUUAGACGUUUCAGUCAGUUGAUUAGCCCUUACAAACGAAGGAGAUAAAUUAUACUGACAGGGCAGACAGGCCUUCUGUGAAUGGUUGAUUCUGACUGAAGGCUUUGACUUCGAAGCAUACAUUUACAUCCAGUUGUAAUCCCUCUGUUAUUGAAGCUUCUCGGAAAUCUACGGUUAAGAUAUCCUACUCCAUACAUUGUUGAGUUGUCUUAGAUCUUAGAGGAAAAAACACAAAACUUAUAUGGCCUAUAAGCCGCCUAUACCGGCACAAGGAACCGGUCUAUGAAAUCAAUCAAUAUCAGCAUUAUUUACAUCACAACUGCAGACCUCACGAAGUUGUAAUUUUACAGAGCCCUAGUCUCAACGGGAAAUGUAGGAUAACCAGGAGUAUGGCCCAAAACACGACUGCUCACGGAGAAAAAAAAUAUGGCAAUGACACACAACCCACAAGUAGGCCGUAAAGAACUAGUCUCGGUAACUAUUCUGAUUAAAAAUGUUCGAUGACAACUGCUGAAUAUAUCAUUGUUAAUGUAGGCUAACAAUUUAGAUUAUGCAAAACACUAAAAGUCAUUCGGUUGCUUGAGGUCAAGCAUGACCUAUCGGUAAGUUCACGCUGAAUAAUUAAUUUUAUUCAUCUUAGUCUUUCUCUGCUCUAGUAGGGAAACACCGAUUAAGGAAUCCCGGUUUCUCUGAUUUAUGUCUAAGGUUAACGCUGGAUGUCUGUUUGCACACUAAACGAGGGACAGGAGGACAAACUCAGAACUGCGGCCUCCGCAUGUGCUGCAACAGAAAGCAGCUGUUACGGUCCGCUGUGGAAACAUGUGACGCAUGUCGCCUCCUGCCGGCAACCAAGGCACCCUACAUGCGGUUCAAAUUUCUUGCCAGGGCUAAACCACAUUUCUGAAGGGCUUUCACGGGCAUGAAUUUGUCUGUUACAUGUUCCCCAUUUUCAGCAAGAGUGAUGUUGCCUAAUUCAAUAAAUUCAGUUCGCCUACUAGACUUCUUGUCGCUAGAGAUCUGAUAUUAGUUAGCUGUGGCCUUACUGUUAUUUCUUCAUGUAACCUAUUGAAAACAAAAAACUUACAUAAUUCAUAUAAAUAUGACAGAUGUAUUUGUUCUUGUUUUGAAAACCAUACUAUAGAAUGUCUGCCUGCUAGUACGCUUGCAGUUUUAUCCUCAUCUACAACAGCAAAGUUGUCAAGAUGACACAGAAAUGCAGGCAUGCGAAAUUCCUAAAUCACACAAGGCUAAAGACCAUGCAGAGCAUUGUUUAGUUUUAUUGAGGAGUGUCAUGGGAAUAGGGUGCAUUACAGCACAUGGACAUGAGAUUGACACCAUCUCCCACGACUGAAUUCACAACGACUAUGAUGCAUAGACAACAAUGGAUUACAAUUGACUACCUGUCAUCAGAUUGAUGAUGUACAGCAUCUCAUUAUCAUUUACAUGCUCCUCCUCAAAUUAAAACCAUCUUUUACCUUCACCAUGGAGGAGCACCAGUUGUAAUGUUCCUAUUCAAUGUGAACUUACUGUAACCUGUUAUAAAUUUAUAAUGCAUAGGGUUACAAAGUCAAAUGCUGAAAAAGCUUGGGAGCACAACAUCUACUGCUAAAAACCUAUUUUAAUUUUAAGUGAGAAGUUCUAAAGUCUUAGUUGGAAAGUCAAAUUCAUGUAGAAAGGCAUUUUUCUUACAAAGACUUUCUGGCAAAUCCUAUGCACCUGACAUGGCUUAAGGUUUUGUUUUUGUAUGAUCUACACAUUAAUUUAAAUAAUGUUUGCUGGAGUAGUGCAAGCUUUAAACUCUUCAGCCUCAAAUGGGAUUACAAACAUCAGAUGAUGAAUUCCUGAUGAAGCGGGGUUCAAUAACCCCCAAUUUCAGACAGCCAUCAACCGAAGCAGCAAAACAGGUACAAGCUGUUUAAGAAGACUACUAAUGGGCAAUUAACCCACAGCAAUUAAAGGUUUGCUGGGUCGUUUAGCUUUCGGAGUAACAUUCAAUGAUAAAUCACAAAGUUAACAUACACUAUAAAUCUACACAAGAACAGCAGAGCAACCUCGAUAUUCUUUCGAUAUAUAUCCACUUUUAAAAAAUAACAUAUUGUCUUUUAUUAAAAAAAAAAAAAAAGAAAUAUAAAAUUAAAGAAUUCAGAG